AUAACGCCCGUGGGGCGCCUUUGUGCCGCAGAGGCGGCGGCGGCAGCGGGGGGCGCGAGCGGUGGCACCUACGGGGCGGCGGCGGCGGCUGCUGCACUAUGACUCUGGAGGAGCUGCCGGGGGACCACCGCACCGCCGGGAGGAUGGAGCAGGCGGGGGACGCGCUGGAGGAGGUGCUGAGCAAGGCGCUGAGCCAGCGGAGCCUCACCCUCGGGGUCUAUGAGGCCGCCAAACUGCUCAACGUGGACCCGGAUAACGUGGUGCUGUGCCUGCUGGCGGCCGACGAGGAGGAGGCGGGGGACGCGGCGCUGCAGAUUCACUUCACGUUGAUCCAGGCCUUCUGCUGCGAGAACGACAUCAACAUCCUGCGGGUCAGCAACCCGGCGCGGCUGGCCCAGCUCCUGCUGCCCGCCGCCGGCCCCGAGCCGCCCGCCGACCUCCACUGCGUCCUGGUCACGAACCCCCAUGCCUCGCAGUGGAAGGAUCCAGCGCUGAGUCAGCUAAUGUGCUUCUGCCGGGAGAGUCGCUACAUGGAUCAGUGGGUGCCAGUGAUUAACCUCCCCGAGCGGUGACCGUGCCGGGAUGAAAAUGAACUGAACCGAAUUGCACUGAAGUUUUGCAAUACUUUAGCAGUUGCUCAGGAAGUAACUCCCUGCCCUGGCACAAGGAUUACAGGGGAGGGGGGGCGGCAAAAAAAAAAACCACAAAAAACAACAAAACAAAAAAAAGAUUAUGUUAAGGGGGUAGGCUGAAGUUGAACUACAUCUUGUGUGGGACUGAAGAAAAGUGACUCCAAAGCAACGAGGAGGAAUGUGGAAGCAAAGGGAAGCGCAGCGCCUGCGUUGCUGGAGGAGUGAGCCCUGCCUGACAGGGGUGCCACACGGCUGGGUUACUCGCAGAAAACGCCCAACACCCUUCAUGGUUUUUUAAAGUGCAACUUAAAGUUUCUGGUUUAAAUACCUUAAAGAGCAAAAAGGUUAAUCGAAACAUUUUACAAACAAUUUUAUUGUAUUUUUGGGAUGUUAAUUCUCAAGUUUUUAUGCUAAGAUAUAUAAUAAGUUAUUUUAUGAUAUUGAUGAAAAAAAUUAUUUAUACUUGGAGGUUUGAGAACCAGAAUGCCCUUAAGCAGUUGGUCUGCAACCACGCUUCUUCUAGCAGUUGGCUGUUAGAAGCAGCUACAUUAAUGGAAUUGUUUGAAAUUGGAUAGUGUUUUGGGUUUUGGGGUUUUGGUUUUGUGUUCUUUCUUUUUUUUUUUUUUUUUUGAAAUAAAGUUUAAACUUCAACCCUU